UCCAGAUGGACGGACAGAAAGCGAGGGCAGAGCAAACACAAGAAAACUCAAGUCAGAAGAAACGGGAACCGAAACAUACCCCCUUCAACAUGGGCUCUGAUGUCUGGAUGUCGGCCCCAGAGUGCUUAAUUGAAAACAAUAAUGGACGAUUGACAGUGAACCAGAAAUCGCUAAAGAUCCUUGCUUCAAUAACUGAGCCAGUGGUGGUGGUGGCCAUUGUGGGCAAUUAUCGCACUGGCAAGUCCUACCUGAUGAAUAAGCUAGCAGGGAAAAAAUCAGGUUUCUCCCUUGGCUCCACAGUGCAGUCUCACACCAAGGGCAUCUGGAUGUGGUGUGUUCCUCAUCCCAAGAAGCCAAAUCAUGGCCUUGUUCUCCUGGAUACUGAGGGACUGGGUGAUGUGGAGAAGGGAGAUAACAAGAAUGACACAUGGAUCUUUGCCCUGGCCGUGCUACUCAGCAGCACCUUUGUCUACAACAGCAUGGGCACCAUCAACCAGCAGGCUAUGGAUCAGCUCCACUAUGUAACUGAGCUGACAGACCGCAUCAAGAGCAAAUCUUCCUCCAAAAUCAGUGAGGUAGAAAAUAUCUCUGAAUUUGUGAGCUUCUUUCCAGACUUUGUGUGGACUUUGCGUGAUUUCAGCUUGGAGCUGGAAAUUGAUGGAAAACCUGUCACCCCUGAUGAGUACCUGGAGAAUGCACUGAGGCCUAGAAAAGGUAAACCUGAGGAAGUUAAAAUGUUCAACCUACCUCGUCAAUGUAUCCGCCAGUUCUUCCCCAAGAAGAAAUGCUUUAUCUUUGACCGACCUGCCCACCGAAAGAUGCUUUCCCAGCUGGAAAAGCUUCAUGACAGUGAACUAGAUCCUGAUUUUGUGAAACAAGUCGAAAGCUUCUGCUUGUAUAUCUUCCGGGACGCCAAUGUGAAAACUCUCCAAGGAGGCAUCCAAGUCAAUGGGCCCCGUCUAGAGAAUCUGGUCCUGACCUAUGUUGAGGCCAUCACCAGUGGAGAUAUGCCCUGUAUGGAGAACGCAGUCCUAGCACUGGCUCAAAUAGAGAACUCAGCCGCAGUUCAAAGGGCCCUUACAUACUAUGAGGAGAUGAUGAGACAAAGGGUCCAGUUCCCCACAGAAACCCUACGAGAGCUGUUGGAUGUGCACAGCACCUGUGAGAAGGAAGCCAUCGAAGUCUUCAUCAAGGACUCUUUCAAAGAUGUGGACCAGAAAUUUCAGAAGGAAUUGGCGGACCGGCUAGAAGCCAAGCGAGAUGCCUUCUGUAACCAGAACCUGAACGAGUCGGCACAACGGUGUAGAGCUAUUCUUGAGGAAGUUUUCAGUCCUCUGGAGGAAGCAGUGAAGAAGGGUGAUUUCAGUAAACCGAGGGGCUAUCAUCUCUUUCUGCAGAAGAUCAAGGAACUGAAACAGAAUUACUACCAGAAGCCCAGGAAGGGAAUACAGGCUGAGGAGAUUCUGCAGGAAUACCUGAAAUCUAAAGAAGAUGUAUCUGAGGCAAUAUUGCAGGCAGACCAGUCACUCUCAACAAAAGAAAAAGAUAUUGAAGUGGCUCGUGUAAAAGCUGAAGCUGCUGAGGCUGCCGCAAAGCAGUUGGAGGAAAUGCAAAAGAAGACCCAGGAGAUGAUGGAGCAGAGGGAAAGAAGCUACCAAGAGCAUAUAAAACAGGUGACUGAAAAAAUGGAAGCAGAAAGGAAACUGCUGAUAGAAGAACAGCAAAAAGCCAUGGCUCUGAAACUCCAGGAACAGGAAAAUUUACUAAAGGAAGGAUAUAAAAUUGAAUCAAAUGAGCUUCAAAAACAAAUCAAUUCUCUGAAGUCCCAACUGGAUAAUAGUAGAAGAAGAAGUAGAUGUAUCAUAAGCUAAAGACUGAGGCCCCCUCACUCUUGUUCAACUCAAACAUAACUUGAAGAAGAAUCUUCAGAAUCAAGGCUCACUGACUUUUGGCUAUGAUUUACUUCAUUUUUUUCCUAUUCUAGAUAGUACCCUUUGAAAAAACAUACUUAUUUUCCCUACGUGAUGGUUUUAGGAUUACCAAAAAAAUUAUGAUUUUUGCAUUUGAUCCCUGUAUAAACUGUCAUUUUCAACUUUUCCCUUUUUUUCUUGAAAACAGUAGGACUCUGUAUUUAUAUGAAUAUUUCAUAUACAAC